AAAGACCAUAAAUGCAUAAACAUCUUUCAUGCCAAAAUCCGAACUUUCAUCCCUCUCUAUCAACUAACUACCCCACCUGCCUAAACGGGUAAUCUUCUCUCCAAGCUUCACUUCGUCCCCAGCCCUACAACCAACAAGCAUCCCACCUCAAAAAUGCCAGAGGAAGACAAACCAACAGACGCACGCGCACGUCUCCUUUCCCACUUCUCCGCGGCCCAAGGAACCACCGAACACGGCCAGAAAUGGAAUGAGCUCUGGCAGCAAAAUUUCCUCCCUUGGGAUAAAGGCUUCCCUUCUCCUGCUCUCGUUGACUUGCUUUCGUCUCCUCCGUCCUCUAAUUCGUCAAAGCAUCCCGUUCUUCUCCCAAUUCGUUCGGCCAAGGAUCAAAAGAGGAGGCUAAAGGCUCUCGUUCCAGGUUGUGGGAGGGGAUACGAUGUCUUGUUACUAGCAGCCCAUGGAUACGACGCCUACGGCUUAGAGAUCUCGGAGAAAGCUUUAGAAGAAGCGAAGAAAGUCGAGAAAGAGAAAGGAGGUGAUAAAAUCUAUUCUACGAAACCUGGUGUGGAGAGGGGAACUGUCACUUGGCUGUCAGGGGAUUUCUUUCACGAUGGAUUUUUGAAAGACGUGGAGGGUGAGGGGAAGUUUGAUUUGAUUUAUGAUUAUACGUUUCUAUCUGCACUACCGCCUGUGAUGAGACCAGCGUGGUCGAAGCGCUUCAAUGAGCUUCUUGCUCCUGAGGGACGAGUAAUUUGUCUCGAGUUCCCAACGUAUAAGCCUGCUUCCACUGGCGGUCCUCCGUGGGCUCUACCACCGAAGGUUUAUUUGGCACAUCUGCCACGACCUGGAGAGGAUUUGACGUAUGGUGAGGAUGGUGAGUUGUUGGAGGAGAAAUUAGGCCCGCCGAGUAAGAGUGGGUUGGUUCGGAUUGCGCAUUUCCAGCCGGAGAGAACGCAUGAGAUUGGGUAUAACGCUGAGGGCAAAGUGACGGAUUGGAUCUCGGUAUGGGCUCAUCCAUAGGCAUUUCGAUUCGGUAGUGUUGUCCUUCCCAUUCAAGGAGCCUUCCUCAAGGAAUUGUAAUGCUCUCCCAAUCCAAAACCAUGCCUGUAAUAUGCCAACCAGAUCUUCUCCUU